AUGGGCCUGCCUUGGGAAACCAUCACGGCCACUGCUGCUAUAAGUACUCUGUCAAUCGCCUGGGCUCAGGACAGUUGGUCCAGAGGCCAAGUCUUGGGACACUUUUCGCUGCUUUGGUUUGCGAGUCUCUCGAUUUGGGGCGUUUGGGCAGGAUGGAUUUACCCGUUACUUGUGUCGCCGCUGCGACAUCUUCCUGGACCUUCAGGCAAUCAUUGGUUGAUGGGACAGUCUAAGAAGAUUAUGGCCGAGCCUUCAGGUGUACCAAUGCGAGAAUGGGCCGCUGAGAUUCCUCAUGAUGGCCUCCUUUGCUACCGAGGUUUCUUUAAUCAAGAGAGAGUCAUGGUGUGCUCGCCCAAGGCAUUAGCUGAGGUACUUGUCACCAACAGCUACGCUUUCCCAAAGCCCAGCCACUUUCGCUGGUCUAUCGGUCGCAUCCUUGGAGUUGGCGUUUUGCUUGCUGAAGGCGAUGAGCACAAGAUGCAGCGUCGUAGUUUAACACCUGCGUUUGCUUUUCGCCACAUCAAGAAUCUGUAUCCAGUCUUUUGGCGCAAGUCUAGAGAGGUGACACAGAAGAUGAUGGCAGAGCUUGGGCAAGACGACCAGGCCAAGGUGGAGAUAUCUAGUUGGGCAUCACGAGCUACGCUUGAUAUCAUUGGCCUUGCUGGUAUGGGAAGAGACUUUGGCGCUGUCCAGAACCCGGACAACAAGCUCGCUCAGACGUACAAGCAGAUCUUUAAACCGUCUCGCCAAGCUCAGUUCCUGGCUUUUGUUGGCAUGAUUAUCCCGAUGCAGUUCAUUACCAAGCUACCGUUCCGUCGAAACGAGGACAUUGCCAAGGCAGCCAGCGAAAUUCGAGCAGUCUGCAAUGACCUUAUUCAGGAGAAGAAGGCAAAGAUUGCUAACAAGGAGCAAGCCGACGUUGACAUCCUGUCUGUGGCUCUUGAGAGCGGUGGCUUCACCGAUGAGAAUCUAGUUGACCAGCUUAUGACGUUCCUCGCUGCUGGACACGAGACGACGGCGUCGGCUAUGACUUGGGCCAUCUACAUGCUCUCACGCUACCCCGAUAUGCAAAGCAGACUUCGAGAAGAGGUGCGCGAGCGUUUGCCAUCCGUGGACUCAGAUGUCGAUAUCACCAGUCUCGACAUAGACCGCAUGCCUUACCUCAACGCCGUGUGCAGCGAGGUCCUACGUUAUUACGCUCCCGUACCGUUGACCAUGCGCGAUGCCGCCUACGACACUACCAUUCUCGGCCAGCCAAUCCCCCGCGGCACACGCAUCGUCAUUGUACCAUGGGCCACGCAUUUCGACGAAACUCUCUGGGGCCCCGACGCAGGCCAGUUCAACCCAGAGCGGUGGCUCCCCUCUGGUGGAGAGAGCGGCACGGCCGAUCGCAAGGCGGCGAGUGGGGGAGCGAACAGCAACUAUGCGUUCCUCACGUUCUUGCAUGGCCCACGAUCGUGCAUUGGAUCGAGCUUCGCAAAGGCAGAGUUCGCAUGUCUGCUAGCGGCGUGGAUUGGGCGGUUCGAGUUCACGCUGGCGAACCCGGAGGAGAUGGACGAGAAGAAUGUGGAAAUUCGGGGCGGUAUAACGGCCCGGCCCGCUAAGGGGAUGCACGUCAAGGUGAAGGUCGUGAGCGGCCACUGA